GCGGGAGCAAGAACUGCUCCGGCGCCUUUUCUCCUAGAGGGACGGGGAUGAGAGCGAAGGGUGCUCAAGGCCUUGCUUGGAUGAGGAUUUGAAAUGUCUAACAAGACAGUUAUUGCAACUAGAGCUAAUUGUAUAGAGAAACUGCUAUCUGAAAAAAAAUACCAAAAUAUUACUAGUCAUCUUGCAUACCUUGAAGCUCUUGAUAUAACUGUAGACAACCUACAGGAGACUGGUAUUGCCAAUGCUGUGUACAGAAUCCUCAAGAAUUGCCCGUCUUUGGUACUGAAAAAUAAAGCAAAGCAUUUACUUUCAAAGUGGAAAACAUUUUACAAGAACCAUCAUCAGACAGAACAAAAGCCAGUGUUAUCUGAUAACGGAAAAGAGAGUUCUGAUUAUUUUCAUGUGGUUGGGCAAAAUGCAAAUUCUUCUGAAAAACUAAAUCAAAAUGAAAUAUUAGGCACCAACAGUUGCCUGCCAUCAGAAAGCUACUCAAAAGACAGAGAAAUUACUGUGCAAAAAGAUCAUGUGAUCCAACACUCUACUCCUGUUAAUGAAAAAAGCCCUCAUCAAGAUCAUGUGGCAACUAUGAGAUAUAAAUGCACAAAACUUCUUUAUGAAGCUUUGAUUGAUUCUUCAAGAAGUAAUGAAGAUACUGAACAUCAUUAUAAUAUAGCUAAAGAAAUUGAAGAGCAUAUUUUUGAAGUUUAUGCUAAAAAUGAUAAAAAAUACAAAAACUGCAUCCGAAGCAAGGUUUCCAACUUAAAAAAUCCUAAAAAUUCUUACUUAAAACAUAACCUGUUUUCAGGGACUCUGAAUCCUAAGACAUUUGCUAAUAUGACUGUGAUGGAAAUGGCACAUGAUGAACUGAAGCAGCUCAGGGCUUCCUAUACUGAAUCGUCUAUUCGGGAACAUCAGCUCCCCCAAAAUAUUAAUGGUACAUCUACAAGCAAAAUAAAAUGUAGACAAUGUGACACAUUUGAUUGCACUGUUACUGCGAUUGCAAGGGGAGCACUUUUCCUUCCGAGUUGGGUGCGAAAUACAAGUGCAGAUGAACAAAUGAUGACUUAUGUGAUUUGUAAUGGGUGUGGAGAGCAGUGGUACCACAGCAGAUGGAUUUGUUUGUGAAUAUGUAUCUUUUAAUGCUUAUAUAAAUAUACAAAGUUAUCAAAAUGAAAACAAAAUGCAGUGAAAAUGUUGUUGAUUGAUACACAAGAUGGUUAAACAACUACUUGGUAUAUAGAAAUCUUCUGUCACAAACUUUUUCUACUGUGAACAUUGUUGUUGUUUUACCACCAAA